GCGAAAGCUAUUGAAAACCACUACUACUCUCCUGACUUUAAAGACAUCAAAAACCAAACGAUUACCUUAAGUCUUUCAAACGACUAGUCAAGCAACAGCUGACAGUUAUUUAAUAGACUUUUAAAGACAUUUUCAACAUCAUGUCUGAUUUGAAGGAUAUCGAGACCAGCAGGGGUGGUAUUCUGCGAAAGCAGACUUCUGCCCCUUCAGGUUCUCGGGUAACCUUCGCCCGUCCGCGGGCUGAACCGGAUGUGGAAUUGAGCCAUUCAGUUGGUAGAUGGACUGAGAGCAUGUCUAGACCAGCACAGGGGCCAAAAGGCUGGGAUGUACGAGAUACAUACCAGGAGUUGGCCUACGCUCCAGCCUCCUAUUAUCCAAAGAUGUUUGUCCUACUGGGAAAAACAUAUGAGGAUGAGGGGGUCCCUGCAGGUGUUAGACAGAAAAAGCUUACAUCAACUGAGAGGCUCAGGAUGUCCAUGACUAGAAUGGAAGCCUCACGAAGGGCCCGUUUAUACUCGGAUGAGGAGGCACGUUGGGCCCUUCUACAGAUUUUGAAAGAUUGGUGUGGCCCUGAAGCUGAUAGACAAGAUAAGAUCACGGGUUCAUCAGCUGAAGGGCUCGUAAGUCUCGUUGAAAGCAGUGGGGAGCGAGAUGCUCAACAGAAGUUGUGCGUCUCUGCCCCCGCAGCUUUCGAAAUGUGGGCUGUCCCUCCGGGGAUAGUUAAUGAUGAUGAGUUGGUCCCUGCAGCUGGUAGACAGACUGCCAUGUCUACACCAGCUCAGGGGAAAGAAGUAACAAGCUGCGGUGAACGAGAUUCACAACGGAGGUUGUGCGUCUCUGCACCCGCAGCUUGCGAAACAAGGUUUGUCCUUCCCGGGGCAAUUGACGAUGAAGAGUGGGUCCCUGCAGUUGUGUCUACAUCUGCAGCGGCUUUAGAUGAAGAGGAGAGAAGCUUACCAGAACCAAAACCAAAAAGCCGGAAGAAAAUCCGUGCUUUCUUGCGCAGAGCAUUGCAGGCUAUCAAAAAAGCUUGCUGUUGCUGUGGAAAUGAGGAUAUAGUGGAGCCAUUUUGAUCCUCAGGUGCCCGUAUAGAUGAAGCUGAUGUGUAGAACGGUUCUGGUCUUAAGCAAACGGGUUUUUAAGAACCACCCUAUUGCCGGUCAGGUUCGUCAUUCCUUGGAUAUAUCAGCUUUCCAAGAAGCAGCUGAUCAUAUGGUCCAUUCGACCAUCGCCCAUGUGCUCCGGCAGAUCAGCUGAUUUUAAGUCGGGUUCUUCUUACCUGCACCGAGCUCGUGAUAAAACACUGGCAGUAUAGUCCCUUCGGACUCGAGCCGGCGAGCUCUUUUCCUUGGAAACAUGCCCGUUCCAAGAAGAGGAUGAUCUUAAAUGUGGUUUGUCUGCCACGGGCGUCAUGCUCAACCGAUCAUGCUUAUUAGUCAGUCAGGUUUGUGUAACCUGCACGAGCUCGUAAGAAACACAGGCAGUAUAGUCCCUUCGGACUCGAGCCGGCGAGCUCUUUUCCUUGGAAACAUGCCCGUUCCAAGAAGAGGAUGAUCUUAAAUGUGGUUUGUCUGCCACGGGCGUCAUGCUCAACCGAUCAUGCUUAUUAGUCAGUCAGGUUUGUGUAACCUGCACGAGCUCGUAAGAAACACAGGCAGUAUAGUCCCUUCGGACUCGAGCCGGCGAGCUCUUUUCCUUGGAAACAUGCCUUUCCAAGAAGAGGAUGAUCUUAAAUGUGGUCUACGGACCACGGGCGUCAUGCUCAACCGAUCAUGCUGAUUAGUCAGUCAGGUUUGUGUAACCUGCACCCAUCUCGUGAGAAACACAGGCAGUAUAGUCCCUUCGGACUCGAGCCGGCGAGAUUGUGGAACCAGACUAUUGCCAGUCUGGUUCAUCAUCUUUGGACAUAACAGCUUUCCAAGAAGCAGCUGAAUGGUCAGGUUCAUCUAGCCUGCGGUCAAGCGAUAGUGAUCGUGAGUAUAAUGUUAUUGUGUUCUGACCUUUAUUGUUGGCUUUAUUUUUUCCCUUGUCAACUGUUUCUCUCCUUAUUUUUUUCAAAUCUCUGUCCAGUUUUGUAAUACAUGCAUUUUAGGGGUGUCACGAUUCGUUUCUCGAUUUUUACUUCUUUUUUUAAGACAAAAAAAUGCUAUGCCUAUUAUUAUUAUUAUUAUUAUUAUUAUUAUUAUUAUUGUUUCACAUUAACAUGCACAUUGUGUGCUUUUCCUCGCAUGGGGGGUUUGUGGGCUUCACUACGCGAGAGAGCUUGUAGAGAGAAGAUUCCUUCUUGCACACACAUGCACUUAAUGCACGCGUCCUGGAAGCUGCGCUUCUCUCUGUCUCGUGCUCGCGGUCUCGCAUCUGUCUGAACAUAGUACAAAAGUAGUAAUCCUUAAGUAUUUGUUCAGUUUUAUGCGAUUCAUGCGAGCUGAGGCAAACUAUCGCCUCUCUUAAUCUCAUGCACGUGCAGAGAGCUGCGCUCUGUCCGAAGUCAGAUCUUUAGUUAGUAAUCCUGUUUAUGAUAUGCAUUUCAAGGAGUUGUAGCAAUACGUUAUGAUAUGCUCUUUAUUGUCUGCUUUAAUUUUCUCCCUUGUCGACUGUACUUUAUUGUUUCAAACCUCUGCCCAGUUAUCGUAAUAAGUGUGUUUUUCCUUUACAUUGGAAAAGUGUGCUUUUCCUUUUUAUUGUCCUGAUUUGCUUAUUUAAAAAAAGAUUUAGGUUUUUAAAAGUGGUUUUACUCUUACUUGAUCCUAAACUUCUUGUUUAUUCUGCUAGUAGCUGAUUAGCAUUUUAUGUACUGAACAACUCUCCAUUAUCUGCACAUACUUUAAAUGAAUAUUUAUUUUUGUCUGUUAUGUUAUAAGCAGCACUGCCAUUGGGGUUCAUGUGAGACACAAUUCUUGUGUUAAUUUUGUACUGAUUGUUUUUCAUUUCUUUAUGUCAUUGCUUUAUGAAGUGGGAAGACAGAUUGGAAGAGGUGCCUUUAGUAAAGUGGAUGAGGGGACGCGCAAAUCUGAUGGCAUGAAGAAGUCUGGCAAGGAAAUCUACACUAAAAUACCCUCGAACCCAAGGACAUUGAGACAAACAGACCCAGUUCCGGCCGCC